AAUGAGUUUUGUCUGCUAACUUGUGUAGUCUGCUUCAAAAGUUGGAUAAAAUACGCUAGCUGCUGUCAAUUUAUCGUCCAAGUAGAUAAAAGACUUUGACCCACAAAGUUUAUCAGAUCUUUACAUGGGUUGCCUCGGCAAACGACGAAAGGCGUGACAGACAUGAACGCACUGUUGUUAAAAAGAGGAUUGCUUGUGUGAUAUCUUAAAUUAAUUUUAAAAUGUUGAAAUUGAUCAAAUUCACACCAGAAGUGGAGUGCCGGAGUCUGUCAGAAGUGGAAGACAAAUGCUUGUUCAUUCAGCAUACAGAAGAUUGCUCAAAUGCUGAAGGCCUCAUCAACUAUUUGAGCUUCCUAUAUUGCAAUUCCGAUGCUAGUCUUUUUACAGGAGGGAUAUUUUUAUUGAGUAUAUGGAUCCUUUUUCUUUUCUCAGGACUUGCAACAGCAGCCAAUAAUUUGUUUUGUCCAGCACUACAAGUAAUGGCUGAAAAGAUGAAAAUGUCAGAUAAUGUAGCAGGUGUUACACUUUUGGCUUUGGGUAAUGGAGCCCCUGACAUAUUCUCGUCGCUUGCUGGCAUCCGACAAGGCAGAGCUGAACUGGCUUUUGGCGAACUUUUUGGGGCUGGCAUUUUUUGCACCACAAUCAUUGCUGGGAGCAUUAGUUUUAUCAAGCCGUUUCCGGUGAUGCAGCGCCCAUUCUUGAGAGAUUGCGUUUUCUAUCUGGCCGCAGUCUAUUUUGUCUUUUGGGUGUUCUAUCAUCGAUAUGUGCAUCUUGGUCAUGCUAUCGGUUUCAUAGCCCUUUACAUUUUCUACGUUUUAGUGGUGAUUGUAGGAAGGCUUCUGAAUUCAAGAAAUAGGAAUAUUUGUGGCGUGGAAAACCAAACAGCCAUUUCUGAGAAUGGCAGCAUAGAGACAACAGAUGAAAACGAAACAGGGGUCAUCAAUGCGUCCAACGAAGACAGCAACGAUAACUGCGAACCAUCAAAUCCUGAUUCUUUACUUGUAAACGACACGGAAGAGCUUAUUCCACAUUCUCCUUCAUGUCCAGAAAUACCAGGAACGGAAUCGGACGAAGUCCCAUCUAACAUUGACAGCGGAUUCCACGGGCCACAAACUGUUUCUCUCUGGUCAAACCUUAAAGAAGAACUUCUUGAUUUGAAAACAAAUCUACAACCCUUUUCUACUGAAGAGUGGAUCGGCAUGCGUUGGUUUACGAGAGUGCUGUCUGUAUUAGAGGCUCCUUUCUAUAUCAUACUUAGACUAUCGAUUCCACUGGUGAGCAAGGACCAUCCUCGGCAAGGCUGGUGUCGUUCUCUAACCUGCUUGCAACUUGCGGUGACUCCAACUUGGAUAGUUUGGGCCAUUGGAUAUGGAAACGUCGUGAUAGCUAAAAUCCUACCUCUGCCGCUGAUGAUUUUUAUCAUUGGAGUCAGCCUUGGCCUGCUCCUAGCUAUUUUCAGCAAUAGGAAGAAGCCACCGAAGGGUCAUUGGAUAUUCUCGUUCUUGGCUUUUGCUGUGUCUGUGAUUUGGAUCGAUUUAAUUGCCAAUGAGAUUAUGGCCGUCCUCUUCACCUUUGGUGUAGUUUUCCAAUUAAGCGAUGCUAUUUUAGGCCUUACAAUUCUUGCUUGGGGGAAUUCUGUCGGAGAUUUCGCUGCUGACAUCAGUAUGGCGAGACAAAAUGCUCCAAGAAUGGGAUUUUCUGCGUGCUUCGGUGCUCCGUUACUGAAUACUUUACUUGGAUUGGGAAUUUCCUUUAGCAUUGUCUGCAGUCAGGUCGGCGAGAGUAUUCCCGUUGCCUUUACCAAAUUAAGCCUAAUCAUGAGCGUGUUCCUAGCGCUGAGUUUAGUGACGGUGUUCAUUUACCUUCCAAUUAAUGGGUUCCGAGCCAACAAAUGGCUAGGAAUAGUACAGUUUGGCGUGUACAGCAUUUUUGUAACUAUGGCCAUUUUAAUUGAAUUGGACUUACUUUAAUACUUGAACUUCGGAGCGGAUGAAAUGUUGUCCGUCCCAUGGUAGAAAUCCCAGGGAUGCCUGUUUUGACCCGGUCAUGUUCUUACACAAUCGGCAUUUACAUUGUAAUUUUUCUUGGUGUAAAACUUCACCAUGUCUUCAUAAACCGAAGUUCCUAUAGUGUUUUUAAAACAUGAUAAUAAACUUUAAUUUAUCUUUUC